AUGGCGGCGGAGCCGGAGGACGGCGGCGAGGUGGCCCCGCCUGAGGCGGCGGCGGCGGCAGAACCGUCUCCCCCGGCUAAGGAGGAUCCGGCGGAUCAGCCGAGCGCGGGCGAGGGAAAGGCCAAGGAGGCCGAGCCGCCGACGUCGUCGGGCGAGGGGCUCUCCCUCAACUAUGAGGAAGCGAGAGCUCUAUUGGGAAGGCUGGAAUUUCAAAAGGGCAAUGUAGAAGCUGCACUUUGUGUGUUUGAUGGAAUAGACCUUCAAGGUGCCAUUCAGCGCUUCCAACCAUCCCCCGGGAAGAAAGGCCCAACAAAAGAUUCUGACCCGCCAAAUGCUGCUACUCUUGUUCUUGAAGCCAUUUACUUGAAAUCAUUGUCCCUUCAGAAGCUAGGAAAAUCAACAGAGGCCGCUCAACAAUGCAAAAGCGUCAUUGAUUCUGUUGAAAGCAUGUUCCAGAAUGGCACCCCUGAUAUCGAGCAAAAGCUACAGGAAACUAUCAACAAAUCUGUGGAACUUCUCCCAGAGGCAUGGAAAAAAGCUGGAAAUCUUCAGGAAGCAUUAGCUUCAUACCGACGCGCUCUUCUCAGCCCGUGGAACCUCGACGAGGAAUGCGUCACAAGGAUCCAGAAGAGAUUUUCUGUUUUCCUGCUCUAUGGCUGUGUGGAGGGGAGCCCGCCCAGCUGUGCUUCACAACCUGAAGGCAUUUUUGUUCCAAAGAACAAUAUUGAGGAGGCUAUUCUACUCCUCACGAUACUGCUGAAGAAGUGGUAUCAGGGAAAGACCCACUGGGACCCCUCAGUGAUGGAACAUUUGACUUACGCAUUGUCGAUUUGCAGCAAACCAUCUCUUGUCGCAAAUCAUCUUGAGGAGGUUCUACCUGGGAUAUAUCCUCGUACAGAGAGAUGGAACACACUAGCAUUUUGCUACUACGGUGUUGGUCAGAAAGAAGUCGCUCUGAAUUUUCUGAGGAAGUCCUUGAAUAAGCAUGAGAAUCCGAAAGAUACAAUGGCAUUGCUGUUAGCUGCUAAGAUAUGCAGUGAGGAACGCCAUCUUGCUUCUGAGGGUGUCGAAUAUGCAAGAAGAGCAAUUGCAAAUACUGAAUCAUUAGAUGUUCAUCUGAAGAGCACCGGACUUCAUUUCCUAGGGAGUUGCCAGGGUAAGAAGGCUAAGACUGUUUCAUCCGACCACCAAAGAUCUCUGUUGCAGACAGAAACCAUGAAGUCGCUAACGGAGUCCAUGACUCUUGACCGCCAGAAUCCGAACCUAAUAUUCGAUAUGGGAGUUGAAUAUGCUGAGCAGCGGAACAUGAAUGCAGCACUGAGAUGUGCAAAGGAGUUUAUUGACAAAACUGGUGGAUCGGUCUCGAAAGGUUGGAGGUUGCUAGCGCUGGUCCUCUCCGCGCAGCAGAGAUACUCUGAAGCAGAAGUGGCGACCAAUGCCGCAUUAGACGAGACCGCAAAGUGGGAUCAAGGUGCAUUGCUCAGGAUAAAGGCUAAGUUGAAGGUCGCUCAAUCAUCACCCAUGGAGGCAGUGGAAGCAUACCGGGUCCUUCUUGCUCUUGUUCAGGCUCAAAAGAAUUCCCCUAAAAAAGUGGAGGGAGAGGCUGAUGGAGUUACAGAGUUUGAAAUCUGGCAAGGUCUUGCAAAUCUGUACUCCAGCCUCUCACACAGAGACGCCGAAAUAUGUUUGCAGAAAGCCAGAGCCCUGAAAUCAUACUCUGCUGCGACACUCCAAGCCGAAGGUUACAUGCACGAGGCGCGCAGUCAGAGCAGCGACGCGCUGGCUUCUUACGUGAACGCCUCGUCAACCGAGCUGGAGCAUGUGCCGGCCAAGGUGGCCAUCGGCGCGCUGUGCUCCAAGCAGGGGUCCAAGUACCUCCCGGCGGCGAGGUCCUUCCUCUCCGAUGCUCUGAGGGUCGAGCCGACAAACCGGAUGGCGUGGCUCCACCUUGGGAAGGUGCACAAGCUCGACGGGAGAAUCGCUGAUGCUGCCGACUGCUUCCAGGCAGCGGUGAUGCUUGAAGAGUCGGAUCCUGUAGAAAGUUUCAGGACACUCCCAUGAGAUGUUCGCAACAUCAUAAACUCAUUGACUGGAUAUCUAGGGGUGAAGCACUGCCUCAGUACGGGCUGCACGACCGCUACGAAAUUGGGGUAAACUUUGAAUGGUAGAUGACCCAGAAAUACUUUUACUCUCCGCAUUGCUCUCAACUCUUAUUCUUCAUUAUUUGCCUAGCACCUAGCUGAGAUCAUUUAUCAGCUGUGGGGGUAGAUUCCUUUGAAGUAAAUCGAUGUGUAUAGGAACAAUUUCUUAGUAUGCUGUUUUCGCAACAGGAAGGGAGGAUCCUUUUAUGUAUAUUUUACCUUGGUCUGAUGCUUGUU